AUGAUAGCUAGUGAGUGAGUGUGUGCACAGUGUAACAUAUUCUGGAAAUGCUAGCUAGAGCAGCAGACAGACUUGAAAAUAAAAUCUAACAUCUUAUCUGCCUGCCUCUCUCUCUCUCUCUCUCUCUCUCUCUCUCUCUCUCUCUCUCUCUCUCUCUCUCUCGCUCCCAUCUCCGUCUCGUCCUCUCUCUCUCGUAGCUCUGUGUGUGUGGGUGUCUCUCUGUGUGUGUCUUCUGUUCCUCUCUCUACUGUGUCUCUCUCUGGUUGUCGGUCUGUCUGUCGUCCCUGUCUGCUGUCUUGUUCUGUCCUGUCUGUCCUGUCUGUCUGUCUGUCUGUCUGUCUGUCUGUCUGUCUGUCUGUCUGUCUGUCUGUCUCUCUCUCACUCCCCUUCUCUACCCCCCUCUGUUUCUGUCCCCCGUUCUCCCCUCUAGUCAGGAUGAAGCCUGGAGUAGGGGCGUGUCAGGACCCCUGUCAGGGUGGAUCGGGGGCGGGUGACAGGGGGGAUGACACCCUGGUGUCUCUCCCCCCUAAAGACACCCCCGGUUCCCCCACGGGGUCACCCUCAGAGCUGGGCAGCCCUGGCCCCCGCCAGGUCGCGACCUUUGACCUACUCAACAUGGUGGUGUCGUACAAGAGGAUGGCCCUGUUUCUGGAGCCGCUCACUGACGCGUUGGAGCUGGCCCGCUACCUACUGGGGUGAGAGGAUACAUUUACACACUGAUCCAAGGUCUGUUUUUAAUUUCUCCCAUAAUGAUCAUGGAUAGGACUUGGGAGAGAAGACUGAUCCUAGAUCUGGGCCUUUGAGCUGCCCCGCUACCUACUGGGCUAAUGAAGGGAGUAGGAUGAGGUUUCCCCAAGGCCUAGACACUGACCUGUCAGAUUUGGGUUUCUUCACCCUAAUGGUUCCGGCGAGGGUAUGCUGAUCCUAGAUCUGGGCUAUGGAGCUGUCCUGCAGGCGAGGCUUUUGCUCCAGUCCUGCUCUAAUGAGCCUAGUUGUAGAUACAUGCCAUCUUAUUUGGUUUACUGUAUAGUCAUGAGUCAGUGUGUGAUUUGUACAGCCUGCUACCUACUGGGGUGAGUCAGUGUUUCCCCUAGACACUGAUCGGAGGUCAGUUUUUAGUUCCUCCAACCUAUUGGUUGAAGAUAGGACUUGAGGACGCUAAGCUGAUCCUAGGUCAGUAUGACUGUGUGGUGUAUUGCAGGUGGAGGAUGCCUCUGUGCUCACUACUGGUCUGUCUACUGCUCAACAUCCUCUUCCUCACUCUGAGUGAAGGUGAGCUAAUGCUGGGUAGUUCUCACACACAUACACACACACACACACACACACUGAUAUAUGAACUACUACCACAUACAACUGAGUGUGGAUAAUAAUCUGAUAUAUAUAUAUAUAUAUAAUCUGAUAAUCAGUUUUUCUCUCCUUUCCUCCAGUGGGGUGGUUCUCUGUGUGUGUUCUGGGGGUGUCGGCCCCGGCUGCCAUGGGUUACCUGCAGGACAGGUGUGGGGGCGGGGCGUCGGAGGCAGAACAACAGAAGAGGCGGCGCCACGCGGUGCAUCGUAAGGACCUGCAGAACGUUCAGCUCACCAGACAGGACGCCAUGAUGGAAGUCAAAGACCUGUGAGUGUCUGGAGUGGUUGAGGAUCUCUGUGUUUACAUUCGUACGCAUUGUCUAUGUUUGCACGGAACAUAUUGUGUCUGCACAAAAGUGUUUGUGUGAGUUUGUCCCUCCAGGUUAUAAAACCAGGUUAGUUUAUUUACUAUCCCUGUGUGUGUGUCGUCCCCUGUAGCUCAGUCGGUAGAGCAUGGCGCUUGCAACACCAGGGUUGUGGGUUCGUUUCCCACGGGGGGCCAGUAUGAAAAUGUAUGCACUCACCAACUGUAAGUCGCUCUGGAUAAGAGCGUCUGCUAAAUGACUAAAAUGUAAAUGUGUGUGUCUGUGUGCGUGCGUGUGUGUGUGUCCUCAGGUUAAAGCAGCUAGAUGACCUGUUGUCUCAUGCCUGCCUGUCUGCUGAGUCUGCAUACAAGCUCCUGUACUGGGAGAGACACUCUGAGUCCUCUAGGUCAGUAACACUGUCUGUGUGUCUGUCUACAAGCUCCUGUACUGGGAGAGACACUCUGAGUCCUCUAGGUCAGUAACACUGUCUGUGUGUCUGUCUACAAGCUCCUGUACUGGGAGAGACACUCUGAGUCCUCUAGGUCAGUAACACUGUCUGUGUGUCUGUCUACAAGCUCCUGUACUGGGAGAGACACUCUGAGUCCUCUAGGUCAGUAACACUGUCUGUGUGUCUGUCUACAAGCUCCUGUACUGGGAGAGACACUCUGAGUCCUCUAGGUCAGUAACACUGUCUGUGUGUCUGUCUACAACCUCCUGUACUGGGAGAGACACUCUGAGUCCUCUAGGUCAGUAACACUGUCUGUGUGUCUGUCUACAACCUCCUGUACUGGGAGAGACACUCUGAGUGCCCAGACAGACAGGUUAGGGGUGUUUGUGUGUGCCUGUGUGUGUAACUCUCUCUCUCUCUCUCUCUCUCUCUCUCUCUCUCUCUCUCUCUGUCUCUCUGUCUCUCUGUCUCUCUGUCUCUCAGGUUCUAUGGUGGUAUGUUAGCUGUAUUGAUGCUGCUGUAUUUUGUUCCUGUGGGCUGGGUGCUGGCCUGUCUCACUACUGCCCUCUUCCUGUGGAACAGAGACUUCUGCAGAGGUCAGUACACACACACACACACACACUCAGGUCUUGGUUCUAACAGCCUGGUUCCCCUCUCCCUCUGUGUGUGUAGUCGUGUUGGACCUCAGGGAGGUAUUCCAGUCUGGCCAGAACCCUUCCUCAGAGGGACAGACAGACCACACAGAACCGGACCACGGCAGCCUGGACCGGACUCCCACUCCUACCAGCCUGGAGGUAUAG